CUGGAACCACCAGUUGGAGAUACCAAAAGGCUGUGCAGUGAAGGAUUGUGGCUGUUGUGAAGUAAACAUGGAACAGUUGACAUGGUCUGCAGUGCUGCUCCUACUGGCUCUCUCAGUCAGAGAGACAUUUACACAGAGAAUCAUCGGAGGACAAGAAGUCGAACGGUAUUCUAUCAAGUACCAGGCAUCUAUACAGUACAACAGGAACCACUACUGUGGAGCCACCCUCAUUCGGCCCCAGUGGGUGGUGUCUGCUGCCCACUGCUGGAGACCGGCCCAGCUGAUCCAGGUGGUUUUGAGUGAGCACAGUCUGGUCGAGGAAGAAGGCUUCGAGCAAGUGUUCAACAUAUCCAAGAUCUUGGUCCACUAUAGCUACAACUACAAGACUUUCAACAAUGACAUCAUGCUCAUCAAGCUCAGUGAGCCAGCCAAGCUCAAUGCCUACGUUCAGCCUGCCCCACUGCCAGAAGACGACACCCCUGCUCUCCCAGGGUACACCACCUGUACGGUGAGCGGCUGGGGCGUCACGCGUAUCUACAGCUACUUCCUGUCCCCUGUGCUGCGUGCUGUGGAUGUGCAGACCAUUCCUUACUGCCACCAAUACUACUACUGGAGGAUCACAGAAAACAUGAUGUGUGCUGGGUCUCGCUUUGGUGGCAAGGACUCCUGUCAGGGCGACUCGGGCGGACCCCUUAUCUGCAAUGGAAACUUGGAAGGCAUCGUCUCAUGGGGAAUCAGCUGUGCCAACCCUUACUUCCCAGGAGUCUACACUCAAGUCAGAAUGUAUGUCAGAUGGAUCGACUGGAUCAUCAACAGUGACAACCCCAACAACUAAAUCAAGACCAAUGUCCAGGAAGGGUAGUGCACCCAGGGAAGAGAACAGUUCCACAAUGAAUUGAAUAGAAGGAUAUAAAUCACCAUGAGGUCAAAUAAAAUACUACACUAUUCCACUCCUGCUUGUCACAGUUUUAAACCAUAUGAACAAGAGCAGUGGCUGAGGCAUCACAUUAGCUGUGAGUAGAGGGCCAACAUAGAGGCAAUAUUAGGGGAAGUAGCACAGAGAUCCUACAGUAUGUCAUUCUGUGUGGAAUAGCAAUAAACCACCAUUUUAAUUACUUUACGUGUAUAAGGUAUGUAUAUUUUGGGGUCAAUGAAAAGUGGAUGGGAAGUAGGAAUAUGGAAAGACAUAUUCAUAUUCUGUUCCAUGUUUCUGAGGAGAGAGGUGAAAGGAAAUAGUUAGUCUCUGAUAAGGCAGGACAGCUGCGGAACUGCGGAGGAGUGAGGAAUGCGUCUCGAGGUCAAAUCAACAGAUGAAGUGAGAAGAAACCUCUGGGAGGGGUGCCAGAGUGGCCCACCACAAUGUCUUUCCUACUGUAGUACUUUUAAAAUGUAUUUUACCUUUAUUUAACUGGGCAAGUCAGUUAAGAACAAAUUCUUAUUUACAAUGAUGGCCUACCGAGUAACAGUGGGUUAACUGCCUUGUUCAAGGGCAGAACAACAGAUUUUUACCUUGUCAGCUCGGGGAUUCAAUCCAGCAACCUUUCAGUUACUGGCCCAACGCUCUAACCACUAGGCUACCUACCACCCCAGGUAGAAUAAAGUGAAAUAAAGUUUUAAAAUAUAUAUGUGCUUGUGUAAUCAUGCCUUGUCUUGUCAGCUGUAUGACCUAGUGGGUGAAUAAACUUGGUAUGAGCUUUU